ACAAGUGCGAACGGGCGAGACGGAUGAAGUUUCGUUCGUUUCGUGUGUAUCGAUUUUUUGAGUGAACGUAGUGUUCGUGUCCUUUAGUUUAGUGACGUUUGUUAGAAAAAUAUCUGUGAAUGGGAUUGUGUAACAAGAUAAAACGUUUAUUUGGUGUGUGAUAUUCUGUAAAGGAUGACGAAGGACAGGUUAGCGGCGCUGCAAGCGGCGCAAAGCGACGAUGACGACGUCGGCCCCGACGAUGUCAACGUCGCCGUCGAAGGCGGCUUCAUGGAUGAAUUCUUCAGUGAGGUGGAAGAGAUACGAGAGAUGAUAGACAAGAUUCAGGCCAACGUGGAAGAAGUGAAGAAGAAGCACAGUGCCAUCCUAUCAGCACCGCAGUCAGAUGAAAAAACAAAGCACGAAUUAGAAGAUCUCAUGGCUGAUAUUAAGAAAACUGCCAACAAAGUCAGAGGAAAGUUAAAACACAUAGAGCAGAACAUCGAACAGGAGGAACAUUCGAACAAAUCGUCGGCCGAUCUCAGGAUAAGAAAGACACAGCACUCGACGCUGUCGCGCAAGUUCGUGGAGGUGAUGACGGAGUACAACCGCACGCAGACCGACUACCGGGACCGCUGCAAAAGCAGGAUACAGAGGCAGCUGGAGAUCACGGGCCGCACCACUACUGACGACGAGCUCGAAGAGAUGCUGGAACAACCCAACCCCGCCGUCUUCACUCAGGGGAUAAUAAUGGAGACGCAGCAAGCGAAGCAGACGCUGGCGGACAUCGAGGCGCGGCACGCCGACAUCAUCAAGCUGGAGACCUCCAUCCGGGAGCUGCACGACAUGUUCAUGGACAUGGCGAUGCUUGUCGAGAGCCAGGGAGAGAUGAUCGACCGCAUUGAGUAUCAUGUAGAGCACGCUGUGGACUAUGUCCAAACUGCCACACAAGACACAAAGAAGGCCCUAAAAUAUCAGAGCAAAGCUCGACGGAAAAAAAUCUUCAUCAUAAUAUGCCUGUCUGUUACGCUGGUUGUCUUAAUAAUUAUACUCGCAAGUGUGCUGAGUUAGACAUCAGGCGCAACUACUCAUCGACUGCGAAGCGGACACUUUGAAUACGGCUAAAUUGUUGAUAUUCCUACGAAUAUCGACUCUAAUGUAUCUACAUACCGCAACAUGUUUUGCAAUGUAUCUGUAAUGUUCCAUGUUUCAAAACAUACUUGUGAAACAUUUGUAAAAACAUUAACAUGUGACGUUCUUCAGGGAUCACACUCCCACGUUGACGUUUUCAACUUUUCAAUUCAAAAUCUCCUAGAGAUAUAAAAUGGUGUCUAAAAAUGUAAGUAGUAAGCGCCAACGCAUAUAUGUAGUAACUGAUUCCGUAGAAUGUUAUAUACCUGUCAAAUAAAAUGUUUGGAAGCGUUCAACGUCAAGGACGCGAUUCAACUUUUACUGCAUAUUAUUGACACAAAUUACAGAACUAAUGUUUCAGGCUACCGAAAAAUUACAAAACUAAAAUAUAAGACGUUGAAUGCAUCCAUUGCGACGUAUGACUUGUUCCAGGUUAUGAAUUCGGAUAUUUUUGUCAGGUAACUCAAAUAUGUAUCGUGCUAUGUAACCUUUCAAAGUCAUAUCAGGGAAAGGUUUAAGAUUUACCUAUAUAUUUCCUAAAGUGCAACGCAAUACAAUUUAAAUUUAUUAUUUCAAAAAAUUAAAUAUUCUGAAAUAAAUUGUAAAAAUCAUUGAUUACAUUCUGGCAUAUAUCGGAUAUAUAUCAUUGAUAUCUGAUAAUUAUCAUUACAUGUAGUCUUUAAUGUAUAGACGUAUUACCGAGCCCAGUUCUUACAACAUUGGCCCCAAUUCAUGCAGACACCUCCUAAUUGAAUUUUAAGUUAUACCUGUAAUUUUCUUAUUCGCCGAAAAGGAAAGGGACGGACGAUUGACAACUGUUCAUUUUAAAAUGAAAGAAUAUUGAAUAGGCAUCUCGCUCAUAUGCAAUCCGUUUGACGUGUGCUGUCAACUUACUUCUGUCAGGGUAUUGGCCAAUAUAAGAAUUUGGAAGGGUUUUUUAUUUAAUUUCUGCCUAAAAUUGACGUGUGUUCCAUAUUUUUUGUGCCUGUCGAUUACCCGUUUCUUUCCUUUUCGGCGGAGCAGAAAGUGAUAGGUAUAACUUAAAAUAAACUUAGAUGGUGUAUACCGGAAUCAGUACCAGUAUCUAGUUAACAAGCUGCUUAUAAAUAGAAGAUUAUCAAAACUAAAUAAUGUAAUGUAGGUAGUUCUGUCGCGGUGGUCAGAUCAAGACAAUAUGUGUAAAGUGCAAUAACUAGAUUGUGCUUUAGAUUAUAAUAGGUUCUUUAUAAUAUACAGCGUGUAAACUAAUGUGCUGUAUCAAUUUAAUCAAGGUAAAUAUCCCAAAGCCCUUAGUUUACAUUCUGCAUAGCUUCUCCGGUGAUAAGCCGAUGUAUUAUCAUAUAAAUAUAUUUAAAACUGUCUGUAUAUACACUAGUUUAAGUAUAGUUAGCAUCACAACGCGGGGCACCACUUAUUUUAAAGUACACAAUUAUAUAUCUUAUAAAUCGUCUUGCUUCACGGUUUAUUGACAAUUUUUCAUCUGUCUUAUUAGGUAUACUUGGAUAGCGUUGUCAGUUUUUGUUAACAUUUCAUGAUUAUUUUUGUUGGUUAAUGAUCCUUUAAACAUUUAUUAGUUCAAUAUCGAAGUCGAUUUAGUACAAUAUAUUAUGUUUUCCCAUUUUUUGAGAUGAAGACCAGUAUUCAUUCUUAGUAUAGAUUCUUAGAUUUAUUUUUAUUAUUUCGUAUAGGACAGACGUCACUGUUGGUUAGGUAUUAAAAUCUCCGGAGUUUGUGGGGAAAUUCGGCACAAAAGUUCCGGUCAAUGUCAUAUUUUCUUCACAGUAUAUUAUCUAUCUAUCUAUUGCCUGUCUCUCGAUAUGGCUUGCUUUAGUGACAUUGAGUUAUAAUAACAAGAGAAAUGCUGCUUGAAGCUCUAAUAUCUUAUAAAUAUCUUAAAUUAUUCACUCUUACUUGUUCCUUUUUGCUGAUAAUUCCUAUUAUUUAUAGCCUUAUUAACAAAGACAAAUUGUAUUAAGAUUAUUUAUGCUAUUGUUAUUGAUGUCAAAGGUUUUUGAGUGUAACGAGCGUCACAAGAAUGAGAAUAUCCCGAGAGUAAUCAAUACGUGUAUGAGAGGCGAUACCGCGGCGCGCGGCGCAGACUAGCAUUUACUGUCAGCAUUUCUGUCUGAUCGCACUAAAAAUAUUUACCAAAUAAUUAUAUAACAAUAUAUACUUGUGUGUGCUAUAAACAUUGUUCAUUAUUUCUCAAAUGUUGUAUAUUACUAACUGUGAUUUGAACUGUUUGGUGUAACUUAGUGUGCAACGUACGAUGUCUAGCGUGUAGCGCAAUAAUUCUGGUAGUAUACACAAUACAUGUUCACUUAGCUUCGCACUAAUUAAUAUAAUGAAAAGACUGUGAGAUGUAAUUUAAUUUAAUGCCAUUUUCAAGAACAUUGAAUAAUUAUUAUAAUUACGUUGAAUUCUAUUAGAUGUUAUGUAUCUUACUUUAAAAUUGUUAUAGUUUAGAUCCCUUACAACGAAAAGGGUAAAUUACAAAGUUGUUUAUAAAUUGUGUAACCAGAAAACUUUACUCAAGAUGUAAAUAUGUUUAUAAUUUUGAAAUUACAUUUAUUUAUUUUA